AGAAAAAGUGAAAAACCUCAAAGCUUCUAAAAACCUCACAAAGCAAUCUCUGCAAGCUCUCGACCCACAAAAUGGACGCGGCGAAAUUGAACGAGCUGAAGAAGUUCAUCGAUCAGUGCAAAUCCAACCCUUCCAUUCUCAGCGAUCCUUCCCUCUCCUUCUUCCGCGACUAUCUCGAAAGUCUCGGGGCUAAGCUCCCUUCCUCCGCUUACAGCCAUGGAGCCAGCGACUCCAAAUCAAAAAGUUUUGUGGUGGAGGGAAGUGACGAUGAAAUGGCGGAUGAAGGAGAGAAACUAAAUGUAGAAGAGGAAGAAGAGGAAGAUGAGAUUGUCGAAUCGGAUAUCGAGCUCGAAGGCGAUACGGUUGAGCCUGAUAAUGAUCCUCCACAAAAGAUGGGAGACCCUUCGGUGGAGGUCACAGAUGAGAACCGCGAUGCUGCGCAAUCAGCUAAAGCCAAAGCCAUGGAUGCCAUUUCUGAAGGGAAGUUAGAGGAAGCUAUUGAUAGCCUGACAGAGGCGAUUUUGCUGAAUCCAACAUCAGCAAUUAUGUAUGCCACAAGAGCUAGUGUUUACAUCAAGAUGAAAAAGCCCAAUGCUGCUAUUCGAGAUGCCAAUGCAGCUUUGGAGAUUAACCCAGAUUCUGCUAAGGGCUACAAGUCUCGUGGCAUUGCACGAGCAAUGCUUGGUCAAUGGGAAGAUUCUGCAAAGGAUCUGCACGUGGCAUCGAAGUUGGAUUAUGAUGAGGAAAUAAACAAUGUGCUUAAGCAGGUUGAACCCAAUGCACAACGAAUUGAGGAACACCGUAGGAAGUAUGAUAGAUUGCACAAAGAGAGAGAGGACAGAAAGGUUGAGCGCGAGAGACAACAUCGUCGUGCUGAAGCUCAGGCUGCAUAUGAGAAGGCUAAGAAGCAGGAGCAAUCAUCCUCCAGUAGAAGACCUGGAGGGAUGCCUGGUGGGUUUCCAGGUGGUAUGCCUGGAGGUUUUCCAGGAGGAAUGCCCGGAGGGAUGCCUGGAGAAAUGCCUGGUAGCAUGCCAGGUGGGAUGCCUGGAAAUGUUGAUUUUAGCAAAAUAUUGAAUGACCCUGAAUUGAUGGCGGCAUUUAGUGAUCCAGAAGUCAUGGCUGCUCUCCAAGAUGUGAUGAAGAACCCUGCUAAUCUUGCAAAGCAUCAAGCAAAUCCCAAGGUGGCUCCUGUAAUUGCAAAGAUGAUGGGCAAAUUUGCAGGACCCAAGUAAAAUAGUUUUUCAAAUUGAUGUCAUAUUUGGGGAAAUACUCCUGUCAUAUUUGAGGAGAUGAUGUUUUGUUUUGCUUCUUAUUUAAGGUAUAAAUUGUAGUAAAUGGAAGAAUCGCAGGAUUGUUGUGUUGGGAAUUUGUUUUAAUAGGUUGGAGGAUUUUAUUGAUGAAUUGGAACGACAUUGAGCCUUUGACAUAUUUUUGCAA